GCGACUAGGAGACCGCUUCUACCGAACAUUCGCUCGGCGCUCCGUCACUCAUUUGCUCUCUCACCAUGUGGCUGCUUAUCCUUGCAGGUUUUUUGGCAGUCUCCGCUGGAGAGGAGACCAUAGCCAGCGUCGGCGAGAAGGCGGAAUCGUCCUCGGUCGACGACAUCGUCAUGCUGGAGAUCGAUGUCAAAGAUCCUGUCAAGAGAUCACCAGUUUCAGCCAGCGCCGUUUACGGCGCUCCGUCCAGCCAAUUCGUCGUCCGGCACGGUGAUGACGCUCAAGAGCUGUCAGCCGAGUACUUGACGGUCCUGCAGCAAUUCACGGGGACCGAGCCGCAGGCGUACGCGAACAGCGUGCCGCAGCGCAGGCCGUUACCAGGUUACGCGAAGCAGCAGCAGGCGCUGCAGCAGGCGUAUUACAAUUACCGCAAGCCCGCCGUGGUCCCACCGCGGCCCCAGCUGCAUUCUCAGACACUGGCUCAGCCCGAUGUCCCGGAGAAUCAUGCGGUGCCGUUGCGCGGACUUUCCGGCGCGUCCACUUACCAACUGGAGUCUUACUCGCAGCCGAAGCUGGGCACUUUCGAGCAGGAGCUGCUGCAGCUGGUGUCGGCGAAUCAGGCUCAGGAGUUCAAUCUGAUCCAGACGCAGGCGAAGGAAUAUCCGCAACCGCCGCAAUACGUGAAACCAACGGCGGCGGCGGCGGGCCAGCUGCCCGGGCAGUACCACAUCGAGACCAGUCCGCCUCCACGUUACCAGCCUCAGCAGCAACAAGUGGCGUACCAGGAGAUCGAGCAGCCGGCGGGCCAGCUUCAGUACCACACCUCGAUACCGGUGCACACGGCGGAAUACACGGGGAAUGCGAAGAACGUCCGGCCGUUCAGACCGUCUCCUCAGUACAACUACGCGAACGACGGUGCGCAGCUGAAGGCUGAAGCCGAGGCGAACGCUAGAGCCCAGGCCCACGCCGAGGCGCAGGCUCUGGCCUUCCAGAAGAUCGUGCAGGACUCUUACGCGAAGCAUCGGCAAACCGCCCUCGAGCAGAUCAGGAUCGAUCACGAGAGGCACAGGCAGCAGAGCGCCCUGGAGCAAAUUCAGCAGGGGACUCAGGUGAGCGACGCUGGACGAGCUCACAUCGAGGGUCAACUGGAGCCGAAGGACCCAGAGGCCGCGUACAGGGCCAAGCUGAAGGCCCAAGCGGCCGCCGAGGCCGCUGAAGCCAGGAGGCUGCAGUCGGAAGCCGAGUACAAGGCGCACCAGGACGCGGUUCGCCAGGUCGAAGCUCAGCAGCAAGCUCACGUGAAGGCUCAGGAGAAAGCCCAUAACGACGCUCUGAACUUCGAGAGGAACCAGAUUCGCGCCCAGGCCCAAGCUCAGGCUUUAGCUCAGGCUCAAGCCGAGGCCCUGUACAAGGUCUAUCAGCAAUCGCGCGCCAAGGCCAACAACGAGAUCUUGGCGGCCGCGAGGGCUCAGGCCGCGGCUAAGAAAGUCGAUCCCGACGGCACGCCGGUCAUUCAAUACCUUCUGCCUAACAGUCCCAAGCUCCCACCGCCUAACAGUUACUUCACCAACGACGAGAGCAAGUACCAGACUUCCGGUUCCACUUACGUUUCCAGGUCGGUGCCGAAGCCGGAGCCCAUCGCCCGAGAGCAGGCCGACGUGCAGUCGAGCGCCGCGAUCAAUCAGCCCCGUCAGCUGCACAAGCUCAAGCCGACCCAGUCCUCCGUCUACGUCUCCCAGUCGGGGCUCCUGAAGAAGUCGCCCGUCAAGUCGCUCGAGGAGAUCGUCGACCAGGACAACGGAGCCCAUAUCGUGCGAAUUCCCUCGUCGAAGGACCAACAGCCUCUGAGCCAGGACGAGCUGUCCGCAUUGAUCAACGCUGGUUACAGCGUCACCCCGGUACCUCAGACGGCGAAGCCUACCCAGCGAAGCUACGUGCCGGAGAACACCUCCUCUGCUUACUAUCUGAAGAAGCAGCGGCCGGUCGCCAGGCCGGAGUACGUCGCUUAUGAGGAAGUCGUGCAACACUCGCGAAGACCCGCCAGGAAGGACAGACCCAUCCUUAAGCAGGAUGAUACCGACGAGAAGGUCACUUUCUUGGUACCCCUGGAGCCGAGCUACGGCACGAGACAACCGCCGUUCAGGCAGGAAGAGUAGUCGCGUAAGCUUCGUCGUUAUCAGCAGAUGAUGGCGACGAUUGGAAACUCGAACCGAGUCGGUAUUCUUACAAACCUUCACCUUUCGCCUAGCGAUUUUUCUCUUCCUUUUAUAUGUCCGCCUUUCUCCUUUUCCCCCAUUUAAUUCAUUUCCUGUCGUUGUGGGAGCAUCUAACCAACUGCUGCUGCUGCUGUUUAACAUAUCGUCGUUAUUUCGCGCGUUAUAUGUAUGGUCAAGUCGAUCUUUUUUAGAUAGGAAAAUACGCGAAUUCGACGGGAAGAAAGAAGUUCGAGUUUACUUUCCACGCGAUUUCAAUCCUGCUCGUUGACGACGCUAGACGACCGGACGAUACUAUGUAGUUUCAUAAAGUAUCGCGUGUCUCAUCAAAAUGACAAAAUUCACGACUUACGUUAAAUUAUACACGAUUCGCAUCACGAAUUAAGAAGUCCAGACGGAAGAUUGUUGCGUUAAUUUUCUGAAAGUAAAGCUGAUUCUGUAACGUAAAGCUGACGCACAACGAUGCACGGCCUUACGCGCUAUUAUCCGUAGAUGGUAAGUGCGACGGUGCUGAGUCGAACGAUUAUUAAUUUAUAUUUCUUUGUAAAUAUUAGAAUUUAACUAAUAAACACGUUGAAAAAUUUUACUCCGA